AUGGCAUCUUCUACAGCGCAAAAGCCAUUUCCUCAGCCGGCAGAGGGGUCUACCCAGUCAUUUUGGCGCACCAAACUCGAUCCCCUUGAUGAUCAUCAGACGACCCCAUUUCCCACAGAGACCGAUGUUUUGAUCAUCGGUGGUGGAUAUGUCGGUGCAUCGGCUGCUUAUCACAUUCUUGCAGAAAACAAGCAGGAGACCCCUCCCCGAGUAACUCUUGUUGAGGCCCGUGGUCUUUGUUCUGGCGCCACCGGGCGCAACGGUGGACAUUUGAGACCUGACAUUUAUUCCGCUACUGCGCUUUUCAAUGAGCGCCAUGGACUCGAGGCUGCGGCCGAGGUCGUGAGAUUCGAAGUCUCCCAUCUGAAGGUGAUAGAAGAUUUGGUUCGCAAGGAAAACAUCGACUGUGAGCUCACUUUUACACGCUCCUACGAUAUGUAUCUCGACGAAGAUCAGCUCAACAAGGCGAAGACAUUCUAUGACUUCUUGGUUAAUGAGGGGUUCGACUCUAUGGGCAAUGUGACAUACAUGACCCAAUCCGACACCCAAAAGGAAGCCCACGUCCGGGACGCCAAGGGAGGCUUCAGCUUCCCUACUGCGCACCUCUGGCCUUAUAAGCUAGUAACGCAGCUCGUGCGGAUUGCCAUUUCCCAUGGCCUCAACUUGCAAACUCACACAUUGGUAUCCGAGGUUGCAGAGACCCCAACUGCGGAUGGCUUGUGGCCAGUGACAACAGACCGAGGGGUCAUUCAUGCCCGCAAAAUCAUAUUCGCUACCAACGCAUAUACCAGCGCCUUAGCACCACAGUAUGCCAAAGCCAUUGUCCCCUGCAAAGGAGUGUGUACGCAAAUAUUUGCUGCUCCUGGUGCACCGCAUCAGAAUCUUCCUGGGACUUAUGCCAUUCGUCUCGGCACUGGAGCAUACAUUUAUCAAAUCACACGCAAAGACGGCUCACUCAUUGUUGGUGGCGCAUCGCAUACUUUCAAGAAUGAUCUUGAAGAGUGGCACAACAACCCAGAUGACAGCAAGCUGAUUGACGUGGCGGUAAAUUUCCUCAAGGGGUACAUGCAGCGCACGUUCUUGGGAUGGGAAGACAGCGGCGCUGAAGCGAAGCAUAUUUGGAGUGGUGUUAUGGGAUAUAGUGCGGACUCGCUGCCCCAUGUUGGAAGUGUCCCUGGAAAGCCAGGACAAUUCAUCGCGGCCGGGUUCAAUGGCCAUGGUAUGCCCGUUGCUUUCCUCUCCGGUAAAGCGGUUGCAGACAUGGCACAGUAUUCCAUCUCAUUUGAAGACACCGGCUUACCCAGAUUAUUCGAAACAUCGGAGGCUCGCUUGGAACCAAUUUACGAUGACACCAAGUAA